CUGAACUGAAAGGAAUUGAAUUGCUGGAGACUAUGUGGAGGAGAGAAGCGCAGAGCAAUUUCCUCUUCCGGCUUCCUAAUUAGAGGAUAGCGGUGCCUCUCGCGCUCUUCCCAGGUUCGAAGACAAAGAAAAUGUUAAGAAGAGCCUUCUGGACAGCAGAGAAUCAGAAGCAGGACUAAAAAGGGAAGCAAAUCCUUUCUAUCCGAUAAUCAACAUCUUUUCCUUUCCCUCCCAAAAGCCACAAAACUCUUCUUCCCCAUCAAGCGAGCAACAAGUGAGAAAAAAAAAUAGGAAAAUGUUUUGAGCUGGAAAAAAAUAUUGUAUCUGGAACUCAAGGAAACACUACAUGAAAAGAUAAAAGGAGGAACAUUUUCAAAGUCAAAAAAAGAGGCAAUAAGUCUGUGGGGAGGAAUCAGUCAUUCCAGAAAGCAAUGCAGGCCCCAUCCUGUGAAGAAAGAAGCAGCUUGGAUCAAAGCACCAUCCAAGAAAGGAUCACAAAUAUUUUUGACCUCCUUAAGAAUCCAAGUUUAUCAGUGGUGGAAAACCUUCACAGAUGUACAUAUUCUGGAAAAAACACAGAUUGCAAUUCACAGCUGAUUAUGCAUGAGAGGACCCACACUGGUGAAAAACCGUACCAAUGUUCUGAAUGCAGCAGAGUCUUUUGCUACAGCUCCCAACUUUUUGAGCAUAAAAGAAUCCAUAAUGGAGAAAAGCCUUAUCAGUGCCCACAGUGUAGCAAAAAGUUCAGUAAGCAUGCCACACUGGUGAUACACCAGCGGACACACACCGGAGAGAAACCAUUUGAGUGUCCAGAAUGCGGGAAAAGUUUCAAUCAGAAUUCCAACCUGGUGAUACACCAGAGGACGCACACAGGAGAGAAACCGUAUCUCUGUCAGGAUUGUGGGAAAAGUUUCCGUCAGAAUUCCAACCUGGUGAUACACCAGAGGACUCACACAGGAGAGAAACCAUAUGUGUGUCAAGAUUGUGGGAAAAGUUUCAUUCGAAAUUCUGACCUGGUGAUACACCACAACACGCAUACAGGGGAGAAAGUGUAUGUGUGCACACGUUGUGGGAAAAAUUUCAUUCGGAAUUCUGAUCUAGUAGUACACCAGAGGACUCACACAGGAGAAAAACCAUAUAAGUGUCCAGACUGUGGGAAAAGCUUUAGUCGGCCUUCCCACCUGGUGAUACACCAGAAGACUCACACAGGACAAAAACCAUACAAGUGUCUGGAUUGUGGAAAAAGUUUCAGGCGGAAUUCUGACCUGGCGAUACACCAGAGGAUUCACACUGGGGAGAAACCGUAUGAGUGUCCAGAUUGUGGGAAGCAUUUCACUCGAAAUUCUGACUUGGUGAUACACCAGAGGACUCACACAGGAGAGAAACCGUAUGAGUGUCUGUAUUGUGAGAAAAGUUUCAGUCAGAACUCUUACCUGGUGAUACACCAGAGAAUUCAUACAGGAGAGAAACCGUAUGAAUGUCCAGAUUGUGGUAAAAGUUUUACUCGGCAUUCCAACUUGAUGAUACACCAGAGGAUUCACACAGGAGGCAAAGUGUAUGAAUGUCCUGAUUGUGGGAAAAGUUUGAGUCGGAAUUCCAAUCUUAUGAUACAUCAGAGAACUCACACCGGAGAGAAACCAUAUGAUUGUCUAGAGUGUGGGAAAAGCUUCAAUACUAGAUCAAAUCUUACCAGCCAUAUGAAGUUGCACACAGGAGAGAAACCCUACAAGUGUCCAGACUGUGGGAAAAGUUUUAGUUGGAAAUCUGGCUUGGUGACCCACCAAAGGAUUCAUACAGGGGAGAAACCGUAUGAGUGUCCUGACUGUGGGAAAGGUUUCAGUACUAGGUCUAGCCUUAUAAAUCAUGUAGGUUUACAUACAGGAGAGAAACCAUUCAAAUGUACAGAAUGUGGACGAUUCUUCACACAAAAUUCCUCCCUUGCUACACAUAAGAAAAUCCACUUGGUGCAGAAAGUGAUGGAUGUAGAGAAGACAUAAAUUUCAUUUCUGAUCUCCGUUUGGUAAUACAGCUGAGAAAUUAAAUAGUUAAUUCCUUACCAUAUUUGAUAAAAGUUAAGUGCAUGUAUCUGGUUAUGUAAGAAUUUGCUAGAUAUGUCGGAACUGCGCAACCGGUAUCCACAGAAGAAAAGGGAGGGAGGGAAACUUCCCCUUCACACCCACAGCAACCAAUCACAGCGCAGAUUGCCUCACGCUAGAGCCAGUACUCUCCAACCAAUCAACUAUCAAUAUGUGUUCUGGCUGUAUACAACCCCACUGUUCCAGCUACCAAAUGCAAAUAGCAAGAUAUUUAGCAGAAAUUGUACAAUUGCUACAAAAAGGGCUUUAGGGGUAAUUUUUUUUUCCUGUUUGAUCAGAAAUGAUCAUAGAACUCCAGACUUCUUCAACCUGGGUGUCCUCCAGAUUUCAAGCCCCAUAAAUCCCCAGCUAGCAUACCCUUUGCAGAAAAUAACUGGAAAGCAUGGGAGGAAGAUAGAGGAGGAAUGCUUUCUGCGUCGAGUUAUUUCUACAUGUAAUAAAGGCAGAAUAUAAAUAUG